AUGGUGUCAAAUGCUGUCCUCACUGAUACAGCGCCACCACCCUCCGUUGUACUGAUCCUUUCGUUGUCUGCGUUUGUGCUGUACUUAACAUGGACUGGCUACAAACGCGCCUCCCAGCUUCCGCCUGGGCCAAAGGGUCUACCUUUAUUAGGAAACGUUCAUCAGCUUCCUCAAGAUUACCAAGAGCGCACAUUCGGCCAUUGGGCUCAGACCUACGGUGAUAUAUUCACCGCAUGGUUCUUCAGGCGGCCAGCAUUGGUUAUCAGUUCGGCGGAUAUCGCACGAGACUUGAUGGAGAAGCGAAGUGCGGUCUACUCGGAUAGACCGCGUUUCGUAUACAUGGCCGAGCUGAUCGGAUGGAAGGCUGUUUUUGUGCUGAACACUACGGAUCUGAACUGGCGGAAGCAUCGGAAGUGGCUGCACAGCUAUAUCUCAGAGAAGGCAGCUCUCAUUAAGUGGCGACAGUCACAGCAAAGGGAGGCAGUGAUACUGCUCAGGAAUCUCCUCCAGGACCCCACACGUCACGACUCGCAUUUUCAAAGAUACAUGGGGGGUAUCAUCAUGGAGAUCGCUUAUGGCCACAUUGUGACGUCGCCGGAUGAUAAGUAUAUUCACCACGCAGACCUUGUCAUGCAAGCUGUUGCGAAGCAUGGGAGCCCGGGUGCGACACCCGUUGAUCUCGUACCUGCAUUGAAAUACCUUCCAACAUGGUUCCCGGGGGCUGGAUUCAAACGGACCGCACUAGCUGCGCACGAGGCCCUCCGCAAAAUGCUUGAUGAACCAUUUGAGAUGGUAGAGAAUGCCAUGGCGUCCGGUGUGGAAUCCAAAUCAUUCACCGCGUCCAUCAUAGAAGAGGUUGCCAGACAGGGCCCGCUCGCUGACGAUGACAAGGAGGCUAUCAAGGAGGUUGCCGCCAUGCUACACGGAGGCAAGUCCAACUUACUGCACUCAUCCCUCGAGCUGUUUACUGAUAAUUAUUCCACAGCUGGUACUGAUACGACCGGUGCAACGCUGGAUACAUUCCUUUUAGCGAUGGUCUUGUUUCCAGAUGUCCACAAGAAGGCUCAGGAAGAAAUUGAUCUCGUCAUCGGCAAUGACCGUCUCCCGAAUUUCAACGACCGCAGCUCGUUGCCAUAUCUGGAAGCCGUAGUGAAAGAGACCUACCGCUGGCACACUGUUGGUCCGCUGGGUGUGCCUCAUCAGGCGAUAUCCGACGGCGAAUAUCGGGGAUACCACAUUGCCAAAGGGACAACCAUCAUUCCGAAUGUGUGGGCGAUGACCCAGGAUCCACGAGACUAUCCAGAACCACAAAUAUUUCGCCCCGAGCGGUUCCUCGCUAAGAAUAGUAAGACCAACGCACGAGAUCCCCGCGAGUAUUCCUUCGGCUUUGGUCGACGCAUCUGUCCAGGAAAGGACCUAGCAGACUCGAGCGUCUGGCUGGCAAUUGCGUACAUCGCCGCCGCGCUGGAUAUCUCCAAGGCGCGAGACGACGCAGGGAGGGAGAUCACCCCUCCAGCAGCGUUUAACUCUGGAUUCAUCAGUCACCCGGUACAUUUCCCGUGCGAGAUCAGGCCGCGAUCCGGGGAGGCGUCCAGUCUGAUGGCCGAGCACAGCGAAAGAGAUGGCACUUGAGUAUUUGAAUUGGUUGUGGCAGUGACCACGGUACCCGUAAAUUACAUACAGCGCAAAAAUGAUGCAGAUAAGAAUUCAUGAAGAGUAUUAGUUGGUCUGAUUCCCACUACCGACCUGCGCGCCGGUCAGCAGAGGGCCUUCGUGAAUCGCCCAAUCAGCAUCAGCGAUAUACAGACCUUAGCACGUUCCAGUAACCUCAUCCCGGAUUAGACCGCUAUAGAUACAUCUAACAGCACGAUACAUACACAAUUAUACAAUAUCACGCCUAGUAACCACCCAUAUCCUCGGAGGCCCUGUGGGAUGCCAUCUGCCGCCGUUGUGUAUCCUCCAGCUUAGGGCAAUUCGAUAUACCGUGACCAAGAC